CAGCAGACUGUGACUGGUGGUCUGUCAUACAAAUUGUAAACAUUGUUGAUUGUUUUACAUUGCACAUGUUUUUGAAAUAAAACGUAAAAAAUGGCUAAAGAUCCAUUAGAUGAACUAACUGAAUUCCUUAAACCAGAUUCAAGAAUCGACCUGAAACACAUUUCUCUAGAUCACCUAUUAGGAUUAUCAGGAACUGAUGAAGGAAUCAGUAUUUUACUUGGAAAAGAGCAAAUUAUCAAAAACAUCAUCGAUUUAACGAACGACAGAAUAGAUGAAAUAAGCAAAAACGCCCUCCUUUUACUAGUUAACGUAACUGCGAACGCCAAAGGUGCAUUGGAGCUGCUUAAAUACAAGCCAGAAACGAAGAAAAAUAUAGUUGAACUGUUUAUAGGUUAUGUAAUGGAUCCUCAAAAAAAGAACGCAGAUGCGGUAUGUAUGAUCUUAUCAAACAUCACGCGGGUGGAAGAAGCACUUGACAUAUGUACAGAGACUUUUCUACCGCAUCUAAACGAUAUUCUGAACGUAUUCGCCAAUAUAGAUUACAAUAAAGUUGAUUCCAAUUUGAAUUACCUUGGACCAAUGUUUAGUAAUCUAAGCUGUAGUCCGCGCAUUCGCAAAUGGUUGACGGAAGAAAACCCGCACAUUCCUUUAAUAAAACUGCUCCCGUUCUGUAAUUACAAUCAAUCGAACAUAAGACGUGGCGGCGCUAUCGGCGUAUUACGAAAUAUAUCCUUCGACACUUCAUAUCACAACUUCCUAUUAUCAAACGAUUUGGAUUUAUUAACGUACCUACUGACGCCUAUAAUCGGCAACGAAGAUUAUCCAGACGAGGAAAUGGACGCAUUACCGAUAGCGUUACAGUACUUGCCGAAGGAAAAAGAACGUGAUCCGGAUGUUGAUAUACGAAAGAUGGUAUUGGAGACGCUAAAUAAGCUGUGUGCGACGAAACACGGCAGAGAGACACUACGAAACUACGGGGUUUAUUACGUACUACGCGAAUAUCACAAAUGGGAGAAAGACCCGAAAGUUUUGCUUGCGUGUGAAAACGUGGUGGAUAUUUUGAUACAAAAAGAGGAUGAAGUGGGGGCAGAUGAUUUGUCGAAAGUGGACGUACCAGAAGAUAUGAAGGAAAAGUUUGAGAGUAUGGACGAAGAUUAUGUUAAGGAUGUACAAUCUAGUUAGUGAUGAGAAAAUUAAACUGGGAUAAUGCAGUUUGUAGAACGAGCCCUACAAUCGUUUCUAUAUUAGGGUUGUCACCCUGGUGAGGUGGGGCCUUGUUUUUGUUAUUGGAGAAGUUUGUCUGUAUAAAAACUGUAUAUAUGUGUAUAGCACACAAUUAAAAUGAUAAAAUAUUUGUUAAUAAACUGUUAAACUGAAAGCAUUUCUUAAGACACAAACUAUUGCUUUUUUAUCCCAAUAAAAAAAAUAUAAGAAUGAAUAAAAAUGGAUGGGACAAUCUUAAACAAAAUAAGUAUAUGCUGAAUAUUAGAAAAUAUAUAUGAUAAAUAUUUUUACUUAAAAACCAACCUGUCCUGUAAUUGCCAGACCUAGACCAAAUUUAAAUGGGAAAGUACAAAUAAAUAGGAUUACUAACAUUGGUUCACCUAGUUAAAUGUUCUAUUGUAACAAAUACAAAAAUAAAGUUGGAAUUGAGAACUGCUUUCUCCUUUUCUAAAGAUGGUUGAAGUCAUGUGCAGUUGCAAUUGGUAUUAAGUAAGCAAUAAAAGAAAAUAAUAUUAUAUGUAAAGGUGCAUAGUUUAUGGCUUCUUAUUUAAUUAGUAACUAAAAUGUUACUUGUAAUUAUAUAAAUUCAUGUUAAAAAUGAAUGAAUCAAUUUAUUAAUGAUUCACAUUUAUUUUUAUCUUGUUUUAUUACAUCAACAACAGUAUCUGAUGAAACUUUUAUAUGAUGAAUAUAUUUGUUACCUUUUGAUAUAA